AUGCUUUCUUCCACCCUCAACAUCAAUGUGGUGUCUUCCUCCCUCACCAUCAAUGUGGUGUCUUCCACCCUCACUAUCAAUAUGCUUUCUUCUAUCCUCACCAUCAAUGUGGUGUCUUCCUCCCUCACCAUCAAUGUGGUGUCUUCCACCCUCACCAUCAAUAUGCUUUCUUCCACCCUCAACAUCAAUGUGGUGUCUUCCUCCCUCACCAUCAAUGUGGUGUCUUCCACCCUCACCAUCAAUAUGCUUUCUUCCACCCUCAACAUCAAUGUGGUGUCUUCCACCUUCACCAUCAAUGUGGUGUCUUCCACCCUCACCAUCAAUAUGCUUUCUUCCACCCUCAACAUCAAUGUGGUGUCUUCCACCUUCACCAUCAAUGUGGUGUCUUCCACCCUCACCAUCAAUAUGCUUUCUUCCACCCUCAACAUCAAUGUGGUGUCUUCCACCCUCACCAUCAAUAUGCUUUCUUCCACCCUCAACAUCAAUGUGGUGUCUUCCACCUUCACCAUCAAUGUGGUGUCUUCCACCCUCACCAUCAAUAUGCUUUCUUCCACCCUCAACAUCAAUGUGGUGUCUUCCUCCCUCACCAUCAAUGUGGUGUCUUCCACCCUCACCAUCAAUAUGCUUUCUUCCACCCUCAACAUCAAUGUGGUGUCUUCCACCUUCACCAUCAAUGUGGUGUCUUCCACCCUCACUAUCAAUAUGCUUUCUUCCACCCUCAACAUCAAUGUGGUGUCUUCCUCCCUCACCAUCAAUGUGGUGUCUUCCUCCCUCACCAUCAAUGUGGUGUCUUUCACCCUCACUAUCAAUAUGCUUUCUUCUAUCCUCACCAUCAAUAUGAUUUCUCCCACCCUCACCAACAAGGUGGUGUCUUCCACCCUCACCAUCAACCACAAUGACCCCAUACUUUCUUACUUUAACUCAUGCAGGGUAUCCUGA